ACAAUAAAUUCACAUGUUAAUACGAUAGUACAGUUCAAAGAUUAUCUGUAACAUAUUCAAGGGAAUCCAUUUAAGUAACAAAUUUAAUCGCUAACAUGUUUGUGUUCGCGCGAUACGUGUUUUCCCUUACUAUUAUAGUCGGGUUAACUAGUGAGACAUUUUGUUCACAAUUAACACUACAGAAAAAUGGUAAAUUUUCGACAAAAGUGAGCAUAAACAACAUCGUGAGUCCCGAUGAAGUGCACUACAAUGAUAAGUUUGGAGCGGAAAAGAAGACAUCUGUGAAUGAUAACUCGUUUGAGACAACGUUUAGUUUACUUAAAGAUAUCAAGAUCAAUAAGGAUGGCAAGACAACGAUUAGUGCAAAAAAUCGUGUGAUAAGAGACGUGAAUGUGAAGACAUCAUCGCAUUUAUACCCGAACCUGCAGCCUAGUCCGUAUAACAAUAAUAUUCAUCCAUCAUUGCCAAGUUCUCCGUAUAACAGUCAGAACCCGAGCAGCUAUCAACAAUGGCAACAUUUACCUAGCAAUAAUACACACACGGGUGCUUCCUAUAAUGGUUACAAUCCAUCUUAUCCCAACACUAACUAUUCUCCAUACCCAGGAAACGCACAAACCUAUCCUUCUAAUACACCAACCAAUUAUCCGAAUCAACAAACCAAUUAUUAUGGACAAUUCAACAAUACCAGACCUUAUUAUCCAGCUCAGACCUCAAGCCCACAACAUCCAUACAGUAGUACACCUUACUACUACACCACACCACGAACUCCUCCAUAUCCUUCCCAUAAUAAUGUUUCACCUUAUCCAAGUUACAAUAAUAGUCAGCACAAUAAUUAUCCGGGAUAUAGUACACCAAGACCAGGAUACCCUUCAUAUAACCCUAACGCAAUACCCCAUAAUCAACCUAACAGCCAAUACCCUACCUAUAAUAACACAUAUCCCUCAUAUCAACCAAAUUUCAACCCAUCACGACCAAUUACGCCAUAUAAUCCCAACCAACCUUUUGGCCAACCCACAAAUUUGAAUCCCACUUAUCCUGGUUACAAUCCUAAUUCGUAUCAAACUACAGCAUCAAGUUAUUAUAAUCAGAACUCCUCAAAUUAUCCAACAAAUGUACCUAAUCAAAGUCCUAACGGCUACCAACCUUACGGACAACAACAUAAUCAAGGUUAUAAUCCACAUCCAAACCAGCCUCCAUCGAAUUAUCCCAGCUACAACUCGAAUUAUCCUAAUACAAGACCAUCUGACCCAAAUCAAUUCCCAGGCCAUUCGCCCAAUCCAUAUAACCCAAAUAUUCCAAAUCGUCCUCCAAGUACUUCAGAUAAUCAAUUCUAUUAUCCCAGUAAUAAUAAUAUGGGGCCAAACUACGACCCGCGCAAGAAUCCGCCUCACAAUUUUUCGUACUGAUUAGUGUGUUCAUUUUUUUGUAACUUUGAAUAGUAAGUACCUAUAUGUAUUCAAAGAAUGGUGUCUGAUUAUUAAAUUAAAUAUAUUUCUUAGACUUUAUCUGUGUGUUAUUCCUUUUUUUAUGUUAAACUGCUCUUUAAAAAUGAUGAGGUACAUAGAAUAUUGAAGAUACUAUGACGGAAGAAUUUCUUAAAGCGUUUGCUUAAAAGUGAAAAUGUACUUUUUUAGACAGUUACAAGUCUUCAUAUUACCAAAAAAAUAAAGUAAAGGUUUUUAACAAGUUUAUUUAACUGUGCGAGGCGACUCUGUAAAAUAAAAUCUAACCAAAUAUCCAAGCUUGCUUAAAAAUAUCCAAGUUCGACGGCUUUGAUAUUGGAGUUAAAUAUUCAUUAUGUCGUGACAUGGCAAAAUUUUGCAGUGAAUGCUAAUAAAACAGCCAGCCACAGGCAUUUAAACAAUUGUCAAAAAAUCUAAUAAUCGAAAUUCCAUAGCGAGAUUGUUAAAGAAUUGACAUGCCACAUACAAUAUAAAUUUUCGAAAUCGACUCGACAUUAUUUUGACGACAGAUUUGACACACUUCGGGUGGCUUCCAUUAUUGUUUUUGAAAAGGCUCCAAUAAACAGUUGGCCUGCUAAAUAAAAGAUAUUGCAUCGAUGAUAUGAUAUUAAUAAUUGUUUGAUAACCUUUGGCCCAAUUCAGUCAAGCAACACGCAUGUGUGACACUAAUUUGAAUAACAAUUUAUUCGUUGUUACUUAUGCGUAAUGUAACAAUUAUAGGCAACACUUUUCAAAAACGAAUUGUCAUCAUGCUAUGCAUCAGCAUUGUUUGUAUAUUUUGUUACGUUGAUUAGACGAAAUUCGACUGGUGGCUGUCGAUAGUAGAUAGCAGUUCAUAAAUGGAAAUUAUUAUUAUUUAUUCCUUUUGCAUUGUACGAAAUAUUUUUAUUUUGCAACAAAUAGUUAAUCUUUUUAGAAGAAGCUUAUGUGCAGUAUUCAAAUUCCUGCUCCACGCCGAUAAGUGGGAACAAAAACAAUUUCGAAAACUAUCAAUUCAUUAUUUUUUCACAUGGAGCGGUACACACGCUUCCAGUGCGAACCAAAUUGCUUUAUUGUCAAAAAGUCAGACUCUGUGAAAAUAACAGUUGGCGGCUAGCGCCGAAGUUGUGUCUGCGUGACAUACUCGCAUAACGAUCGACAAGCGUAUUUUUGCUACUUUGGUCAGGACUGGCAUCGCAAUACAAAAUUUAAUAUUAUGUAAUAAAAAACAAUGACUCAUUUUUUAUUUUUUUAUUUAUUUGAUGUACAAACAGGUGACAAACAUUCAGUUCAAAAUUAUCUUCAUUAUCACACAAAAAACAAGGAUGUAACCUUUAAUAUGUACAUACUGAGUGACUAAAUAAUAAUAACAGAGUGCUUGACAUGCUAAGUUAUAGCCAUAUCACAUUAUAUUUUUUAUUUGUUUUUAAAUUUAUUACUAGCAAUAGUUAAAAUAAAUACAAAAGUUACAAAUUAGCAAUUAGAUUCUUCUUAAAUACUGAAGAUCUACGAUCAAAUACAUCUUUUUCUGCUCCAUUAACGACGAGUUCAUUAUAUUGGCG